CUGCAGAAAGUGUCAGGGAAGGGAAGGGAAAGAGGUGGAGUGAUCCUGCAGAAUCUGAGCUGCUGUCCUCAGCUCUGGGGAUGUAAAUUGAUGAGGUCAUAGUGUUUUCCAGUUACAGAAAAGAAAGUUAAAGGGGAGGAAAAAAUAAAAACAAAAAAAAAGAAAGUUUUCAGCUUGUUUUUCAAGAGAGGCGAAAACUCCGAGGAGCCGAAGAAAUGGAGCAACUUUUAAAACUCCUCCUGUGGCAGAUUUUGCUUCAGCAAAGUUCUGUGUGCUCAUAUUCAGUCCCAGCUGAUGCCUCCAACCCCACCAGCGUGGUGGUGUCUGUGCUGAACAUCAGUGCAGUUCUGGGCUCCCAGGCCGUGCUGCCCUGCAAGAGCCACCGCAUGGUGUGGACCCAGGACCGCCUGAACGACCGGCAGCGCGUGGUGCACUGGGACCUGCUCAGCUCCUACUACGGGGACAGCAGGAUGGAGAGGCUCUGUGACAUGUACUCAGCUGGGGACCAACGUGUCUACAGCUCCUACAACCAGGGCAGGAUCCUCAUGCCCGAGAAUGCCUUUGCAGAUGGGAAUUUCUCGCUGGUGAUCAAAGGUGUUGCAGAGAGUGAUGCAGGCACAUAUUCCUGUAAUCUUCACCAUCACUACUGCCACUUGUACGAAACGGUGAAAAUCCAGCUGGUCGUCGCCAAGAGAGGCGAGGAGGCCAGCGAGUACUGGGACGGCGAGAAGCCGGUGCUGGUGGCCCCGGAGGGCAGCACGGUGACGCUGCCGUGCGUCAACCGCCAGCACAUCUGGACGGAGCGGCACAGCGAGGAGGAGCAGCAGGUGGUGCACUGGGACCGGCAGCCCCCCGGGGUGCCCCAGGACCGCGCCGACCGCCUGGUGGAUCUGUACGCCUCCGGCGAGCGCCGCUCCUACGGGCCCCAGUUCCUGCGGCAGAAGAUGAACGUCACCCGCGGCGCCUUCGCCCUCGGAGACUUCUCGCUGCGCAUCUCCCGCCUGGAGAGCGCCGACGAGGGCACCUACUCGUGCCACCUGCACCACCACUACUGCGGGCUGCACGAGCGCAGGAUCUACCACGUGGCCGUCACGGAGCCAGAGAGGGAGAGGAAGGUGGUGAACAUCACCACGCACGCCGUGGUCCCUGCUGCGGAUCCAAACGUGGUCAGGGGCCACAAUGUCAUCAAUGUCAUCAUCCCUGAGAGCAGGAUGCACUUCUUCCAGCAGCUGGGCUACAUCCUGGCCACUCUGCUGCUCUUCCUCGUCCUCCUCAUCAUCGUGGUGCUCGUCACCCGCAGGCGCCGCCAGAGAGGUUAUGAAUACAACGUGAAGAAAUAUGGAGAGAAGGAUGUGAAUCUUAAAGAAUUUACAGUGGACACAACAGAUCUGACCCCACAGAAAAGUGAAGACAUCAGGCUGGAUUACAAAAACAACAUCCUGAAGGAGAAGGCUGAGCAAGCCAGGAGCUUCCCAGCAAAGAACAUUGAUUUAGACAAAGAUUUCAGGAAGGAAUAUUGUAAAUGAAGACAUUCCCAAGCUGCUGGCUGGACCAGAAGCUUCCAUCCAAGAUAGAUAACGUGGAAAAGAGAUGGCUUUUCUUAAUUCCAUCUCCCUCCAGUUCCCACAGAAUUUUUUCCACAUCCACUUUUUUUUUUUUUUCCCCCCACACAAGGGUGCAAAUGCUUCAUGAAAGAGUUAAACUGUCUUGUGUGCAUUUAUGGGGUUGGGUUGCCUUUUCUUCCUCUGUUCUCCCAAUGCUCCCUUCCCCUUUUCUUUCUUGACAAUUAUUGUUGGAUUUUAUGCAUCAAUGAUUUUUAUGAGCUGAAUCAGCAGAGGUUUUGCUUUGAUGUUAUUGCUUUAAAUAAAACCACCUGCAUCACUAUUCCUGAGCCAUCACUGCACCAGGCAUUUUUCCAUGUGGUGGAUCCAUCAGGAGAACAAUGGAAAAAGCUGAUCCCUGUCCUAGGCUGGCAAAAAUCACUUCACACAGAACUUGGCGCCUCCCAGGUGAAGCACAACCCUCCCAAAACCUCAUUUUAUCAGUUGGGAAAUAUCAAUAUCCUCGUUUUACAGGGAAAGGGAAGCACACCAAAGGCUGAGGGCUCAGCUCAGAGCUGAACUCUGCAUUUCUCACCCCGUUUUUGUUGGUUUGUUUCUGUGUUUCAGCACAGCCCAGAGCAGAUUUGGUGGAUGCAGUCGCAGUAAAUGUGUCUCAGGUAGAUCAGGAGCAGGAAUGUUGUGCACAGGGCUGAGCUCCUGGGUGUCACCUGGGAUGGAAUUUUUCUGGAUCCAGGCCACACAGAGCACAUCCCACCAAAGGUAGGACCCAGCACAGGGAGAUGGUGAAAGGGAGGAACAGCAGGAAUUUCAUGG